GUGGACGGCAACACAAUGGGCAGCUCGGACGAUCGCGUCUAUGCUGCCGAAAAAAUCAUCCAGAAGCGCGUUAGAAAGGGCGUUGUGGAGUACCGUGUCAAGUGGAAGGGCUGGAACCAACGCUAUAACACCUGGGAGCCUGAGGUGAACAUCUUGGAUCGUCGCCUAAUCGACAUCUACGAGCAGAGCAACAAAUCCUCGGGCACACCCUCCAAACGCGCCGCCGCUCUUAAAAAGAAGGAGAAGGAACCCGAUCCAGAGCCAGAAUCUGAGGAGGAUGAGUAUACAUUCAACGGCGAUGAUGUGCCUGAUACUAAUCAGGCAACCACAUCGAAUGCUGCCGCUACCAACGAUGGCAUAGACAAAAAGGAUAAGGACAAGAAACAUCAUCAUCACCAUCACCACCAUCAUCAUCAUCAGCAGCAGCACAGCAAUAACAACAACAACAACCAAAGUAUCAAGUCCGAACGGAUUAGUAAUCGUCGGUCCGAAUCGCCGUUGACUCAUCAUCAUCAUCAUGAGUCGAAGCGACUGCGCAUGGAUCACAGCUCGUCUUCGAAUUGCAGCUCCACACACAAUGAGAAUUCCUUUGUGCCGGAGGCAGACACCAACUCAUCCAGUUCAGAGGAUCAACCACUUAUGGGCACCAAGCGCAAGGCUGAGGUGCUCAAGGAAUCUGGCAAGAUUGGUGUCACCAUCAAAACCUCACCAGAUGGACCGGCAACCAAGCCGCUGCAGUCGGCACAGGAUCAACAACAGCAAAAUGCAGCAGAAACGGCCACACAGCCACACAAGACAGAGUUGCAGGGUGCGCCACUGGGCACUGAGCCGGAGGCAGGUGAACCAUCUACGCCAGCCUAUACCGAGGAGGAGGAUGAUGAGGCGUCAGCGGCGCAGACGGCGGAGAACAACAACAUACCAAAACUGAGUGGCGCCCUGGCGUUGAGCCAAAAGCAACCGUUAACGCCGCUGUCGCCGCGUGCAUUGCCGCCGCGGUUCUGGUUGCCCGCCAAGUGCAACAUAUCGAAUCGAGUGGUCAUCACGGAUGUCACCGUCAAUCUGGAGACGGUCACCAUACGCGAGUGCAAAACAGAGCGAGGAUUCUUUCGCGAGCGCGACAUGAAAGGCGACUCCUCGCCAGUGGCCUAAGCCGUUUUUCUGCUCCAAAU